CUAUUAUAACACAACUCACUUUUUAGCAUCUCUUUUCUCUCAAAGGAAAGAAGUGUUAUUGGUCUUCUCCUUACCAAACCUCUCAAACUUUCAAUUUCAUUUACAUCCUUCAAUUUUUCCAACAACACAAAAAAACUAAAUAUAAUGGCAAUCAGAAAAUCAAACAAGUUGUCACAAUCUGCAGUGUUGAAGCAAAUCUUGAAAAGAUGUUCAAGUUUAGGAAAGAGGAAUAAUAGCUACGAGGACGACGAAAAUAGCCUUCCAGUUGACGUGCCCAAAGGUCAUUUUGCAGUUUACGUGGGAGAAAAUCGAACACGAUACAUCGUACCUAUUUCUUUCUUGAGUUAUCCACAAUUUCAGUGUCUUCUCCAUCGUGCUGAAGAAGAAUUUGGAUUUGAACAUGACAUGGGCAUUACUAUUCCUUGUGAAGAAGUCGUUUUCCAAUCAUUAACAUCCUCCAUGCUGCGAUAAUUAGUGUAGUAUUAGUUGGUAAUUAAUUAAUUAAUUAUGGUUUUUAGUGAAGAGAGAUGGGCUUAAGAUGAAGCAAUUAAUAUGGUACUAUUACUAUAUUUAAUUUGCUUCUCUUUUUUCAACUAUCUUUCUUCACUAUAUUGUUAUUGGAGUGUUAUUCUUUCUUUUUUUUUCUCUUGAGGUUUAGUUGACAUUCUCUAACGUUGAACCCAAGAAGCACAUAAAUUGUUUGUUUUUUUAUGGGUCAGAUUUGUAAAAAUGAAAAGCUUUGUAAUUUUUCCUUGCAGAAGUGCAAUCACCCUGUGAGAGAAGUUAAUAUAA